AUGUCCUCCAGAGCCUCUCUCAAGCUAGCCACCAGGGCCAUCUACCAACAGAGGCGCUCUUUUGCCGCCACUUCCUUCGCCAGAAACGCCGCAUUUGAGCCUGCCCUCGCCCCAGGCGUCUCUCCAGCGUACGAUGCUGCCCUCGCCUUCAUCUCCGCCCACCAAUCCAAGACUCUUGCCAAGCUCGAGUCUUUCAAAUCUCAAUUUCCCUCCUCUCCCUCCCCCGAACAGCUUAAACAACUAGACAAGCUCGAGAUUGAAGCCUACGCGAACGACCCCGCCGUCAGACGGACGUUCAAGGAGAGCAAUGGGGAAGGCGCGAUGGACAAAAGAAUAAUGCGAUGGAUGGGGGAGAAGAAGUGGACGAAGGACGGAGGACUGGAUCUGUUGAUGCAGAGGGCGCUGCAGAUGAACGUCGUGCCAGACCUGUUAGCCGAAAUCCCUCCCACAGCACCCCUCACUGUUUCCCUCUCCGCCCCCAUCAUCCCUGGUACUUUCCAGCUCCCAUCAUCAUUCUCCCAACCCCCACAAAUCACCCACCAGCUCUUCCACCACCCCACGCUCCCCACAGCAUCGUCUCCCAACCCCACUGCCCUCCACACUCUCCUGGUCAUCGACCCAGAUGCGCCCAGCCAUGAGACCCACUCUUUCAACGAGCGUCUCCUCUACAUGAAGACCGACGUUCCUCUGUCAGUAGUCGACGGUCAAGUCAACCUCACAGACAAGGCUGUUGGCAAGGAGAUUCUCGCUUGGGAGUCUCCUGCGCCUGAGCAAGGAACUCCCUACCACCGAUACGUCGUCCUUAUCUUUAGGCAGACAUCCCCUUCCUCCGUCUCCACCGUCUCCCGAGAGCCUUUCAGCCUUCGAUCAUUCCUCUCUGAGCAAGAUCUCACGGCUCAAGCUCUCACUGGUAUCACCCUUUUCCGAGCAGAGUGGCAGAAGGAGGAGGACGAGUUCAUCAACUCGGUGUUUAGGGAACAGAGGGGCGUGGCUGAGGGUGCGCCUGUCUAUAGCAAGGUGCCCAAGGAGGUCAGAUAUGGUUACCCUAUGAAGGCGAAGCAGAGGCAGAAGGAAGAGAUUAGGGAGCAAAUCUUUGAGGAGGUUAUGAAGGAUUUGGAGAGUGCUGGGGACAAGACUGUCGCGUGA